AUGAGCUACUACGACGAUUACUACGAUGAUUGUUUAUCUGAUGACGAUGACUAUGAUGUCUACUAUCAUAACUACAGUGUAGAUUAUGCAAAUCAAUUGUUAAAUGGUCAUCAUGCUAUUACAUCAUGUUUACCACGACAACGUCGAAAACAUCAUCGACAUACGCCACGGUUGGUUCGAGUGGCAACGUUAGAUCAAAUGCCAAUUACCAAUCGACCUCAACUUGUUCCUUCGUUACAUAGUCAACCUAAAUAUGGAAUUAAUCAACAGAUUCCGGUUCCACCAUUGAAUCUGACUUCACGUUUACCAACAUUGGAAGCCACCAAUGAAGAAAUGGAGCGAAGAAUAUCAAGGAGACCUGAACCUAUAUCAGAGGUAGUUGAAGAGCACAAUGGCCCACCAAUUAUUACUGCUAAUAAUAUCAUUGAUGCGGCGACGACGACGACGACUACACAGGAAGAUAUGCAUCGACCUUUGACAGAAGAAGAAUUGAGACAAGUUCAACAACAGCAAGAGGCUUUUCAACAGCAUUUACUCAAUAUGCAGCGGCAUAUACUAGAGCAAGGUCAACAGGCAGGACAACAACAGCAACGGGAACAAGAAACGCCGACAAUACCUUCUUCAGCAUCUCAUUUUUCGAAAAAACGAGCAAAGAAAUCCUUUCAUGAUUUAGAACGUGAUGAUGAUCAAGCUGAGAUUGCAGAACUAAUUGAAAAUGAUCCUUAUUUUGCUGCUGCAAUGGAAGAUUUUGCUUACUCACAUGGACUAUUACAUAAACAUCGUCAUAGAACUCAUUCAGACGAUUCUUCUUCUUCUCAUCAGUCUCAACAUCUAAGUAAAAAACAUCGAACUCAAUUUCAAAAGAAACCACCGUCACGUCGUUUAUCUCAUUCUUCAUCCUCAUCUUCAGCAGCAAUAUCAAUACCAGCAGUUCACAGACCGCUGUCGGAUCCACGUGGAUCAAAUACGGAUUUAAUUCUUUUACGAGAACUACAAGGUAUUCGUCGUGUCAUGGAAGAAUAUGUUCAAGAUCAACGAAAUCGACCCAAUCCACCUCCAGCGAUGUAUCCACCAUGGGGUUCUUAUGAAAGUCCUUAUCAACCAUCAGUAUUUCCACAAGAUCGACCACAUCCGAAGCCGCAUCCGAAUCAACUUGUUUAUCAGAAUGUAGUCAAUGCCGUAAAAGAAGCUCUCGAACGUCGUUCACCAACUCAACGUGAACAGCCACUGAAACCAAGUGAAAUCGAUCCAUCAUUAAAACAUACUUAUACACGACGCCCACAAAUUCCUCCACCUACAAUUAAACCGCAACAGCAAGUUCGAAGACCAUCAUCUGGCUCAUCAUCAUCAUCAUCGUCGUCGUCAAAAACCACAGCAGCAAAACCUGCUGCUAUUCCUCCUGCGCCUCCGUACGAACCUCUCGCUAAUUUCUCUUCAACUCGUCCUCCAAUCAAUCAAAAUCGUACACUAUCAUAUGGAAAACAUGAAAAUCAAUCAGAUAUCUACGAUACACUUUUACCCGGACAUUAUUUACGUUUAUCUCAUAAUAAAUAUAAUUAA